GAGAGAGCAAACGCACGUCCGAUAAUUUAGGGUACUCCCGAUCGCUGGUUUACCUUUAUUGAUCAUUUUUAUAUUUUUCUGCCCUAAGCAAAGUCAAUUUAGAAUUGUCUUAAUUUAGAAUCGCCAUCUGGAAAAAGUUAAAACACUCCCUCCUUUCUCCUUUCCUCACUCAUUCUCUCUCUCUCUCUCUCUCUCCCUCUCCUUCUCCUCUCUUACUUUACUCUCUCUCUCACUCCCACUCUCCCUCUCUCCCUCUCUCUCUCUCUCUCUCUCUCUCCCUGUGUCCACGCCUCAGCUUUUUCCCCAGUUUCUUCCCUUCUCUCUGGUUUCUGCACCUCGCUCUCUCUCUCUCUCUCUCUCUGAGUCUACUCUGCACCAUGAAGCUCGGGGUACACGUGGGGGCUCCUUGCCUCCUUCUGUUCCUGACGUUCGGGUGGACAUGGGGUCAAAGCCCCAACGUGCAGAACACCAAUUUCACGCGGCCUAUAUUCAACUGUGGAGGGCACCUGGUCACAGAUUCUGGGUUUUUGGGCAGUGAGGGUUUCCCCAGUUACUACAAACCCAACCGCAAGUGCACCUGGUACAUCACAGUCCCGGAGGGCCACGUCGUCAUGCUGUCCUUCCGGAUCUUCGACCUGGAGGCGGACCCGCGCUGCCGGUUCGACUACGUGGACGUGUACAACGGGCACUCCUACGCGGUGCAGAAGCUGGGCCGCUUCUGCGGAACCUUCCGGCCCGGCGCCCUCAUCUCCACCAGCAACACCAUGAUGCUGGAGAUGGUGUCGGACGCCGGGCUGGGGGGCCGGGGCUUCCUGGCCUACUUCAGCGGGGGCAAGCCGCACGUGGACGAGCACCAGUUCUGCGGGGGGCGGCUGACGAAGGCCGAGGGCGCGGUCAAAACACCGAACUGGCCCGAGUCGAAUUACCCAGCGGGCAUCAGCUGCUCCUGGCACAUCACCGUGGAGCCCAACAUGAUAAUUGAGGUGAAGUUUGACAAGUUUGAUAUGGAGGCUGACAGUUACUGUCGCUACGACUACGUCGCGUUUUUCAACGGCGGCGAAACGGACGACUCGCGGCGAAUUGGGAAGUACUGCGGCGAUGUCGUACCCGAAAACAUAGUGACCAAUGGGAACGAGCUGCUGGUCCAGUUCGUGUCUGACCUCAGCGUGACCUCUGACGGCUUCAGGGCCACGUACUCCAGCAUUCCGCAGGGGUCCAAGCCCCCCACCGCGGGGCACGAUGUCGCCCCGGGGCCGCGGGUGGACGCCACGUCCACCAGUCCCACCAAAAAACCCAAACCCAGACCCGCUGUCAAACCGGCCGUCAAGCCAAGCGCCAAACCCAAGGUCAAGCCAACCGCCAAACCCAAGGUCAAGGCCCCCGCCAAGCCGACGACAAGGCCCGCGGUCGUCAAACCCGUCACUAAACCCAGCGCCAAACCCAAACCUGGCAGCAAACCAACCCCGAAACCUGGGUCCAAACCAACCCCCAAACCCCGUAUCAAACCCACCCCAAAACCUGGCGCCAAAGUCGUUAUCAAACCCUCCCCAAAACCUGGUACUAAACCCAUCCCAAAACCCGGUACCAAACCUGGUUCCAAACCCACUCCAAAACCUGGUACUAAACCCAUCCCAAAACCUGGUUCCAAACCCACUCCAAAACCUGGUACUAAACCCAUCCCAAAAACGACAACCAAACCCGGAACUAAACCUAUCCCGAAACCUGGAACUAAACCCCUCCUUAAGCCCGGCACUAAACCCAAAACUAAACCGGAUGCCAAACCCAAGCCGAAGGCGGGAGCCGGGAAGAACGGAACCGGACCGGUGGUGAAGCGGCUCCAAGAACUGAAACUGGCAACUACAAACCCACUCUGUGCCCAGGUGUGUAAGGGGAACAGUGGUCUCCCGGCUAGCUUCUGCUCUGCAGAGUUUGUGCUCACAGGGAAGGUGACGGCGCUGGCCCCGGGUUCGAGGGGCAGCGUGCACGUCAGCGUCUCCGUGCUGAAGGCCUACAAGCCUGGCCGUCUCAGCCUCGCCCGGGCGGGCAAAGCUGCGUCCGUCAAGCUGCUGUCAACGUGCAAGAGCUGCCCGCUGCUGCGCAGAGGGAUGACCUACAUCCUGACUGGCCGGGUUGACUCGGAGGGGCGUGGCCUUCUGGAACCCAGCAGUUUCACCUUCCCCUACAAAGCGUCACUGCAAAAGCAGCUGGCCAACCUAACCAGCCGAACCUGCUGACCUCAUAUUACUCUCCACCAAUCAAAGCCCAGGAAAGAGGAAGAAAAAAAAAAAAGCAGUCACACCUCCUUCCACUAUGAUAGAGGAAAACCAGACAACCACAAGUAUUCAUAGUUAAGAUGUAAUAUAAAAAUGAAAAAUGGUCAUGUAUUCAUAAUCACAGCUUUAUUUUUUGCUGUAGCAGAUUUUUUGGAAACAUUCAGUAUAUUUUUCAAAACUCUUAACAAAACAUACAAUACUGUGACUUAUAACUAUGACUUUACAAAACUAUUCAUUCGGGAGUAAAAUUCUAAUGAAAAUUUUUUUUACUGUAAUGUACAGUGAAAGCUUAGAUUAUAAUUGGAGCAAAGGAAAACAAGUUUUGACAGUGUAGUAUAUAUUUUUUGCCAAAACACUUCAACACUUCUUCAUUUGACUUAGUUAUAAUUACAUUACUUUUGUUCUGUUUAGAUGAUUAAAUUAGUGAUGCAUUGUCAUUUCCCUUUGAUUAAUUAAAGAUGUCUCAUAAAAACUGAACACUAAUGUAUAGUUUUACAAGUCAAAUUUUCUUUUGUAAAUAGAAUUAACACAAUUUAAAAAAAUUAAGGCUAAUUCCACGUGUAAAUUCUCCCAACCUCAGCAAAAAAUAUACAUUCAUCAUUUAAUAGUUAUUUUAACUUCAACUGAGCAGAACUGAGUUGCUAACUCACACCCUAUUUGAAAUGGUGAAGCAAUUCACACGGUAGCCUAUUCCACAUAAAUAUGCAGAGCACCGAUCAUAAGGCAACACAGAGAACAAGUUUUCAAUUAAUCAUGGACUCAGUCAUGACAAGCCUCAAGAUAGAACACAGUCUCCUGCUGAAUAUUUUUGUGUCAUGAAUCAUAACUGUUCAGUAUUUUAUAUUGUUUUUUUUUUUUUUUCGGUUCAUACACUCACCAAACGUCAAACUUUGGAGCUAUCUGUAAAUUAUACUUGUCUUUAAUUAAAGGAUUUGUAACACUGA